CUCAGUCAAAGCAUCCUUCCGCCAUGGCGUCUGUUUGGGCUAAAUCCAUCUCUAACCUGCCGGCUCUAACUGUUUUCUGCCUCCUCCUGCUAUGUCUGCCACCCGGGGGAGGACAAAAGAAGAAAGAGAAUCUGCUGUCAGAGAAAGUUGACCAGAUGAUGGAGUGGUCUUCACGCCGUUCAGUCGUCCGGAUGAAUGGGGACAAGUUCCGUCGCUUUGUCAAGGCCCCACCCAGGAACUACUCAGUCAUCGUCAUGUUCACUGCCCUGCAGCCUCAGAGGCAGUGUUCUGUCUGCAGGCAGGCAAAUGAGGAGUACCAAGUCUUGGCAAACUCCUGGCGUUACUCAUCUGCUUUUUCCAACAAGCUUUUCUUCACUGUAGUCGACUAUGAUGAGGGGGCUGAUGUUUUUCAGCAGCUGAACAUGAACAGUGCCCCAACCUUCAUGCAUUUUCCGGCUAAGGGAAAGCCAAAGAGGGCCGACACCUUCGACCUGCAAAGGAUCGGUUUUGCAUCAGAGCAGCUGGCCAAGUGGAUUGCAGAUCGCACGGAUGUUCAGAUCCGUGUCUUCCGUCCUCCUAAUUAUUCAGGCACCAUUGCUCUGGCUUUGUUGGUCUCUCUGGUUGGAGGUCUGCUGUACCUGCGGAGGAACAACUUGGAGUUCAUAUACAACAAGACUGGAUGGGCCAUGGCUGCACUGUGUGUAGUUUUCGCAAUGACAUCUGGCCAGAUGUGGAAUCAUAUCAGGGGUCCUCCCUACGCCCACAAGAACCCCCAGAAUGGACAAGUGAGUUACAUUCAUGGCAGCAGUCAGGCUCAGUUUGUGGCUGAGUCUCACAUCAUCCUUCUCCUGAAUGCUGCAAUCACCAUGGGAAUGGUGCUGCUAAAUGAGGCUGCCACCUCCAAGGGGGAUGUUGGCAAGAGGAGAAUCAUCUGCCUUGUUGGCCUUGGCCUGGUGGUGUUUUUCUUCAGCUUCCUGCUCUCCAUUUUCAGGUCCAAGUACCAUGGAUACCCCUACAGCUUCCUUAUCAAGUGAAAAAAAGACAGAGGAGUUCAGCAAAUGGAGAGAAGCUGUAGGUGAGAAGAGGAGGUGUCAUGAACGUACUUGAAGAGGAGGCAGCAUCACAGCUGAGUCUAGAGUUCGUGGUGGGGUUCCUUUUUUGUGUUGUUUUUUUAUCCAUUGCUAUUUUAAACUCUUGGAGCUGAAUUGCAAAUAAAUUAUUCCUCUCACACUGGAAAAUAAAGGUGUUUGGCAUGUC